AUGAGGAGGCGUGGUUACAGCAGAGUGGCGGCGCUGAACACGAUCCUGGGGAGGUGGGGCCAGAAGGCGAGGCGGUCGCUGGCGUGGAACAUCAGCGGCGAGCCCUGCAGCGGCGCCGCUGUCGACAGCAGCACCGAGAUCGACGGCAACUACCACUUCAACCCGGGGAUCAAGUGCGACUGCUCUUUCAACAGCAACACCAUCUUCCACAUUACCAAGCUGAGGGUAUACGCAUUGAACGUUGUUGGCCAGAUACCUUCAGAACUGCAGAACCUCACCUACCUAUCUUACUUGAACCUGGAUCAAAAUUACUUGACCGGUCCCAUUCCAUCAUUUAUUGGGCAAUUUUCUGCAAUGCAACACUUAGGCAUCAGUUUGGACAAUUUUAGUGGUGGAAUUCCUGAAGAAUUAGGCAACCUGUCCAACCUUGAGCAACUGUACACUGAUAGUAGUGGGUUUAACGGGCCAUUCCCUUCGACAUUCUCAAAGCUUAAGAAGCUGAGAACUCUGCGAGCAUCUGAUAAUGAUUUCACAGGGAAAAUACCUGAUUAUUUUGGGAGUUUGACUAAUUUGGGAGAUCUGGGAUUCCAAGGAAAUUCUUUUGAGGACCCGAUUCCAGCAAGUUUGUCUAAUCUAACCAGGUUGACAAACCUAAUGGUCGGUGAUAUUGUAAAUGGGAGCUCUUCAUUGGCCUUUAUCAGUAAUCUGACAUCCUUGAGUACCGUGAUAUUGAGGAACUGCAAGGUAUCUGGUAACCUUGGAACAGUUGAUAUUUCUAAGCUGACAAAUUUAAUCUUGCUGGACUUGAGUUUUAAUAAUAUCACAGGCCAAGUUCCUCAAUCCAUUCUUACUCUGGACAAACUUGAAUUCCUGUUUCUUGGGAAUAAUAGACUGACAGGAAGCUUGCCAGAUGCAAAAAGCGCUUCAUUAAAAAAUUUAGAUUUUUCAUACAACCAGCUCACUGGAAACUUUCCUUCUUGGGCUACUGAGAAUGAUUUGCAUCUGAAUUUGGUGGCAAACAACUUCGUCCUUGACAGCACCAACAACAGUAUUCUACCUCCAGGACUAAACUGCCUCCAUCAAGACACUCCUUGUUUCCUUGGCUCUCCACAAUAUUCCUCCUUUGUGGUAGACUGCGGCAGUAAUAGGUCUAUGACAGGGUCAGAUAAUACUGUGUACGAUGUAGAUCAUGCAGACCUUGGGGCAGCAUCGUAUUAUGUUACCAGUGAAACAAGAUGGGGUGUCAGCAAUGUUGGAAAAUUCAACCAGGCCCCAAACGAUAGUGACAUAAUAUAUAGCUCAAACCAGCAGUUUCAGAAUGCAGCGGUUUCAGAACUGUACCAAACUGCAAGGAUGUCAGCAUCAUCUCUGAGAUACUACGGUAUUGGACUUGAGAAUGGAAAUUACACUGUUGUGCUUCAGUUCGCGGAAGCUGGUUAUCCGGACACACAGACUUGGCAAAGCCUCGGAAGGAGAGUCUUUGACAUAUAUGUCCAGGGUUCUCUGAGAGAAAAGAACUUCGAUAUAAGGAAGACGGCUGGUGGGAAAUCUUUUACUGCAGUUAGCAAGAACUACACGGCAACUGUAUCCAAAAACUUCCUUGAGAUCCAUCUCUUUUGGGCUGGCAAGGGCACUUGUUGCAUUCCUAUACAAGGUUGCUAUGGGCCAAUGAUCUCAGCAUUGAGUGUCACUCCAAAUUUUACUCCAACUGUGCGUAAUGGUGUACCGGAAAAGAAAAGCAACAUUGGUGCAAUUUCUGGAAUAGUGAUUGGCGUGUCAGUUUUAGUAUUAGCAGCCUUAUUUGGAAUAUUUAUGUUCAAAAAAAGGAGAAAAAGGCUGGCACGACAGCAACAAGAACUUUAUGACCUGAUUGGGCAGCCUAAUGUCUUGAGUUUCACUGAACUGAAGUUAGCUACUGACAAUUUCAACCCUCAAAACAUUGUUGGAGAAGGCGGAUACGGGCCAGUCUAUAAGGGUCCGCUAACUGAUGGAAGAGUGAUAGCUGUUAAACAACUUUCUAAAUCAUCUCUUCAAGGGAAAAGACAGUUCGUAGCAGAGCCAGCAAUAGCUUAUCUUCAUGAGGAGUCCAACAUCCGCAUUGUGCAUAGGGAUAUAAAAGCCAGCAAUGUCCUACUUGACACCGAUCUCACCCCCAAGGUCUCCGACUUUGGACUUGCCAAGCUCUAUGAAGAGAACAUGUCCCAUGUCAACACGACAAAAAAUUGCCGGCACAUUGCCUGGAGCUUGUAUGAUGGGAAGCAACCACUAGGAAUCAUGGACCUGAGACUCAAUGAAUUCAACCCCGAGGAAGCUUUGAGAGUCAUCCAUGUCGCGCUCCUCUGCACGCAGGGAUCACCGCACCAGGGACUGCCCAUGUCAAGGGUCGUGGCAAUAGCUUACCGGGAAAACUGA